AUAUACCUGGGAUAUAUAUCACAGGUAACUCGAACAGGUAACACUUGGACACGAAAGCGUAUCAACAAUAGGAAAGUAGAGAAUGUUCAAGAUGACGCCCUUUUUCGCCUGCGUCCUUUAUUUAUUUGUAUUUUCGCGCGUCAGAUGUUUGAAGCUCGAGGAGGCGGGACAAUUCUUCAAUAGCAGACGAUACGGAGGCUUCGUCAGUGUUUCGGAAACAGAAAACUCAUUCGUCAUUGUGUCAAAUGGUUUGCCUGAUCAUGCCCCUGAUUCGCUGACGUCACAAUCAGUCAUACCGAGAAACAACAUCUUCAGCGUUCCAAAAAAUCCCUCGAUAUCGGAAAAGCCCGGAUGUCUUCCAAUGGGACCUAUCGGUAUAUCUCGGACAGGCGUCGUUCUAUUUAAUCCUCUCAACUUAGAGGGUCAGAACGCUGUGGAAGGGGAUACAGCUGAACAACUAGACCAAUGUAACGGUCAUCCUGACCCCACGGGCGUCUAUCACUAUCACGCUCUCCCAAAAAAUUGCCUUUAUAAGGGAAGGGAAGACGAGUUGAUUGGUGUUGCACGUGACGGAUUUCCAAUUUAUGGACCAAUGGCGUCAGACCUAAAACGAGAAGUUAUGAACUCUGACCUUGAUAAAUGUCACGGUCGUUUUGUCAACGGCCAAUACCGAUAUCAUGCAACUAGCGAGUUUCCAUACUUCAUGGGCUGUCUGCGGGGAAACAUCCCUCGUCGAAUGGAUGAGUUAACGACUACCUGCAAUGAAACGUCAGCCUUCGACAAAAAAUGGGGCUAUUUGUGCCAUUGCGGGAGACCGAAUACAAUGGAGAGACAAGGGCAAGGUCGUUUUUCUCCGGGGAUGGGAGUAAAUGGAUCUCCAAGGCCCAUAGGUUUUGUCCCAGGGCAGGGCCAAAACCAGUUUGGAAUACGACAAAUGCUUCCUGGCUCAAUGAUGGGAGGUCAGAUUCCAGGACAGGUAAUAAUUGGACCAAACGGACAGCCAAUCAGAACUGGAAACCAAAUCCAAAUCGGACCAAAUGGACAGAUUAUAAGUAAUGAAAAUCAGCUUCAAAUUGGACCAAAUGGACAAAUAAUUGGCAGAGGAAAUCAAGUACAAGUUGGUGCAAAUGGGCAAAUCAUAAAUCCCGAAAGUCAACUUCAAGCUGGUCCCAAUGGAAACCCGAUUCAGAUGCCAGUUAUGACAGGCCCGGCCGCAAUUCAAGGACAAGGACCAAGACCCCUCGGGUUUUUACCCAACCAACAACUGGGGGGUGGAUCUGAACAGUCAAAUAUAAAUCAAGGACAAAGCCAGAUUCCGAGACCACUCGGGUUUCUACCUACCCAACAACCACCAGAAGGAGAACAAGUAUCUGUUGGACCAAACGGACAAAUUGUAAACAACAGAAAUCUAAUUCAGAUGCCUAUCCCAACGGGUCCGGCUGCAAUUCAGGGGCAGGGUCCAAGACCUCUCGGAUUUUUACCUGUCCAACAGCAAGGUGAAGGAGAACAAGUAUCUGUUGGACCAAACGGACAAAUUAUAAACAACAGAAAUCCUAUCCAGAUGCCUAUCCAGACGGGUCCGGCUGCAAUUCAGGGGCAGGGUCCAAGACCUCUCGGAUUUUUACCUGUCCAACAGCAAGGUGAAGGAGAACAAAUAUCUGUUGGACCAAACGGACAAAUUGUAAACAACAGAAAUCCUAUCCAGAUGCCUAUCCCAACGGGUCCGGCGGCAAUUCAGGGGCAGGGUCCAAGACCUCUCGGAUUUUUACCUGUCCAACAGCAAGGUGAAGGAGAACAAAUAUCUGUUGGACCAAACGGACAACUUAUUAAUUCUGGAAGUCAAAUACAGAUUAAUCGCAACGGAAAUCCGAUCCAAAUGCCACUCACGACAGGCCCUGCUGCGAUUCAAGGACAAGGGCAGAGGCCUCUCGGAUUUUUGCCUGUCCAACAACAAAAUGAAGCCGGACAAUUUUCAGGCAAUCCGGGACAAGGGCAGAUUCCGAGACCGAUCGGAUUUUUACCGAAUGCUAAUGGCCGCCCAACUUUUCCCAUUCCUCAAAAUGGCGAACAAUUGAACAACGAACAACCACGCUUAAUAAAUAAUGUCUUUGAAAAUGGUGAUCAACCACGCAAUGUAAACGGAGUCACAGAAAAUGGUGAACAGCCACGUGCUGUAAAUGGAAUCCAACAAACGGGUGAGCAACCUCUUCCAAUAUUUGUUAACGGUGUAGCACAGAAUCCCGAUCAACCGAUGACGAGACUGGUACGGACACAGAAUGGUCAAGUAAUUCCCGUUAUGGUCAACUCUGGUUCUCAGAUUGGACAGACACUGACCGUCCCGCGCAUUGCUCGACCAAUGGGAAACAACGGCAUGUUCCAACGCCGUCCAUUUGGUCAACAGUCACCCCCCUUCCUGACACCGAAUGGCGGAAUGAUACAACCAACCAACUCGCCGGUUCCAGGGCAACCACCAAUGAUGGGGCCGCCAUUGGUUGAGCCAAACGGAAAUGGAAUGGUAAUAGGGCAAGGUCAAGGUCGUUUUCAACCUAUUAACAGCCAACCUUCAUCAAAUGCUGCAGUUCAAGGACAGACUGAAACCAUUGAAGGUCUGGAGAUCAUUGACAAGUCCACUCAAGAAAAUCGACAAGAAACACCCAACGUCUUGUUCAGAAAACCUUUCGACGGCCAACGGCGUAGAUUAUCUGGUUCUGGUAAAUAUGGCAGGUAUAGAUUGUUCAACAUGUAUUUAGGAAACAGUUUAUGAUUUCAGCCAGAAACAGGAUGAAUCAUAUUUGUUUAUGUCAAAUAUGUAUAGCCUUCGGUACCAAAGAUCUUGUAAGACGUUUGGUUUCCCUAACUCCUUGUACGAAGGGCUUUUUUUGUCAUAAAGCCAAAUGUUGAAGGGUGCUAAAACCGACACCCCUGUUCUGGUAUUGCCGAACUUGGAGAAAGAAUCAUGUCGUUAAAAUACACGGAUUUUUUUUUCUGACAGCGUAUUACGACAUUGUGAUAUUAAAGUCAAGACCUGGGUGACAGGAAUAUCACUUCACCGAUUCUGGAUGUUGCCGAACUUAGGCAAACUUGUUUGCUGAGUAAUGUUGAAUGUUGGACAAAAAGCACAUCCUCGUUUGAGAGAGGUAACUGUCCAGAAAUGGCAUUUAAGCGUCAUUGAAUGUAUAGGGCGACGUGGGCGACGUUAAGUAUUACGUAAAUUGUGAGAUAAGCAGAAAGUACUACGUAGUUGUAUUUUGAGUUAAAGAGUUCUACUGAAUAGCAGUAAACGGCCUUUUAUAAGCGUAUAGUCGCUUCUUGGCCUCCUGUUUAAGGUGAUAGUAACUGAACGAGCUUGUAAUAUUCAUGACGGUGUAAUAAUCAUAAUAUCUCAUAAAUGUUUGUUUAUAAUGGAGAAUUCCGGGUAUUCGGGAGAGAACAAUAGCUUCACAAUAACGCUGAUCCAAUUUUGUGUAUAGCCUUUUAAAAGCGCACUUUUGUUGAAGUCUUUGAUACACUGGCCCGUAAGUACAUAGAACAAUUUUUGUGUGCUUUUAUUAUUAUUAUUAUUUUUUUUAUGAAAAUGCAAAACUAAGCGCUUGACACCAGUAGUUUUUUUUUUUUUUUUUUCAUUUUUGGCAGCUCCAACAUAUUUUGUAGCAUGUUAAUGUAAAUAUCUCCAAACAUGGUGUUUAUUAUAGUACAUGAAUCGAUAAGAUAAUUGUGAUAGUAUAAUAUUUAAAUAUAAAGUGUUUGUUGCUGGAGACUCCUUCCUGUAAAAAAAACAUUUGAAAAAAAAGCAAGUUGGUCUACAUUGGUAUCUUAAGAUGUCGGUUAAAGCAUAAGCUUCUCCCUCAAACAGAAAUAAACAAACAAAAACAAAACUGAAAAGGAAAAUAAUUACAGGAACGAGUCUCCUUAUGUAUAUUUAUUAUGUGACUUAAUUUAUAUGAAAUCCAUAAUGCUGUGUUAUAAACUGAAAUAAAGUUAUUUUAGAAUACUCAA